GGGCAGGGCUAGGAGCCGCGCCGCCAUUUUGUCUCUGUCACCCUCGGCGGCGGCGCGGUCUGUCGGGGAGGAGAGGCGGCGGCGGAGCCGGUGUUUGGCGAGGGGGGAUUCGGCCAGGAGGACACGAUGAUAUCGGCCGCCCAGCUCCUAGAUGAGCUUAUGGGCCGGGACAGAAACCUGGCCCCAGAUGAGAAGCGCAGCAACGUGCGGUGGGACCAUGAGAGCGUUUGUAAAUACUACCUUUGUGGCUUUUGCCCAGCUGAAUUAUUUACAAAUACCCGUUCUGAUUUAGGUCCUUGUGAAAAAAUUCAUGAUGAAAAUCUACGUAAACAGUAUGAGAAGAGCUCUCGUUUUAUGAAAGUGGGCUAUGAAAGAGACUUCUUACGCUACUUACAAAGCUUACUUGCAGAGGUAGAACGCAGAAUUCGAAGAGGCCAUGCUCGUUUGGCACUGUCACAGAAUCAACAGUCUUCUGGGGGAGCGGGACCUACCGGUAAAAAUGAAGAGAAGAUUCAGGUGUUAACUGACAAAAUUGAUGUACUUCUACAACAGAUUGAAGAACUAGGUUCAGAAGGGAAGGUAGAAGAGGCACAAGGAAUGAUGAAACUUGUUGAACAGUUAAAGGAAGAGAGAGAAUUGCUGAGGUCUACAACUUCAACAAUUGAGAGCUUUGCAGCCCAAGAAAAGCAAAUGGAAGUUUGUGAAGUUUGUGGAGCCUUUUUAAUUGUAGGAGAUGCGCAGUCCAGGGUAGAUGACCACUUGAUGGGAAAGCAGCACAUGGGUUAUGCCAAAAUAAAAGCUACUGUAGAAGACUUAAAAGAAAAAUUACGAAAAAGAACAGAAGAACCUGACCGUGAUGACAGGUUAAAAAAAGAGAAACAAGAACGAGAAGAGAGAGAGAAAGAGAGGGAACGGGAAAGAGAAGAGCGGGAAAGGAAGAGACGACGUGAAGAAGAAGAAAAGGAAAAAGAGAGGGCUCGUGAUAGAGAGAGACGUAAAAGGAGUCGUUCACGGAGUAGACAUUCAAGCAGAACAUCUGACAGAAGAUGCAGCCGUUCACGAGACCACAAAAGAUCAAGAAGCAGAGAAAGGCGGCGAAGCAGGAGUCGUGACCGAAGAAGAAGCAGAAGUCAUGAUAGAUCAGAAAGAAAACAUAGGUCUCGUAGUAGGGACAGGAGACGAUCAAAAAGCCGGGAUCGGAAAUCCUACAAGCACAGAAGCAAAAGCAGAGAGAGAGAACAAGACAGGAAGUCAAAAGAAAAAGAAAAGAGGGGAUCUGAUGAUAAAAAAAGUAGUGUGAAGUCCAGUAGUCGAGAAAAACAGAGUGAAGACACAAAUACAGACUCGAAGGAGAGUGAUACUAAGAAUGAGGUCAAUGGGACCAGUGAAGACAUUAAAUCUGAAGUGCAGCGUAAGUAUGCACAGAUGAAGAUGGAACUAAGCCAAGUAAGAAGACAUACUAAAGCACCUUCUGAAGGAAAAGACAGUGUAGUCCUGCAAAACAUUUUGAGGUACAUUGUUUUGUCUCAGCUAUUUUGUAGCAGACUCGUGCCCCCCAUUAGUGUGCCUCUUUGGGACAUAUUUGUAAUAUAGCCACCAUAGAAAAAUUAAUUAUCCUUUUUUAUUUUUAGGGAUUUUGUUAUCGUUUUUUUAAAAAAAAAGUUGAACUGUUUUUGUAUUUAAGUCCAUAUUGUGUUGGUACAUCAGCAGAAACUUUUGCUUUAAUACUUAAUAUUUGAGGCACAUGUUGGACUACUUUGUUUUCAUAUAAACUGCUAGUAUUUCUUUGUCAAGGAUGUUUCUAGUUUUUUUGCUUUAUUGCCUUGCAUUCUAAUGCAGUUUGUUCUGUAACUCGAGAGCCAGUAGCAUUGGAUUGAUGGAAGUGUAGGGUUUAUGAAUUAUUGCAGCUGACUACCAUACCUCACACAGCGUUGGUGUUGUGAGCGGCCCAUGAAAAGCCAAAUUAAAAAUCAAGGAUUCAGUCAAACUAAGCAGGUACUCAUGCCAGGUACUCCUUUCUCUACCCACAUCCAUGUUUGAAUGCUGUUGCCUGUAAUCUUUAAGCUUACUGUUGUGUUUUUGAUUUUCAAGAUAGUGCAAAGGACUUUUUGUGUAUUGUGUGAAUACUGUUAAUCUGAUGUUAACAGAAUGGAAUUUUCUUUCAACUGUAUGUAGGGAUGCAGUGCUGCCCAGAAUUAGAUAUCUUUAAAGAGUUUAAAAUGCAAUAAACACUACAUAAUAAUCGCCUUGUUACUUUCAAUGCAAUUCAAGUCUUUAAGAGGUAUGUGUUUAAUAUUUCCUACUGUGUAGGAGAAUUUGCGGUCAGCCAUAGUACAGAGGAAUGGAAUGGCUGAUAACAGGCUUCUAAGGCAAAUGUAAAUACAAAGACAGAUGCCACCAAAUGAUUACAAUGUUCAUGGCAAGAAUGUAUGCUGAAAAACUGUUUGUUGGAAAUGAAAGAGCUAAACAAUGGGAAAUACGAAUACUGUAUUAAUAGGAAACCUUGAAGUUUUUUCCCCACUCUUGACAUAGCUUUCUUACUCUUACAGAAGGUCUUUAGUUGUAUACCUGAAAUAAGGAACUAACAAUGGAGAGUACAGCUGAUAAAUGAGCUUCUUGCAACAUAAAUUGUUACUCUAGUUUCACUAUUUAUGCUAGGAACUCUUAAACACUUAAUGUUGAUUAUUAAAUCAUUAAUGCUACAUUAUUGCUUCUGAAGCCAGUCAUGUUCAAUGUUGACACUUUUGUAGAGUUAAGAUGACAGCUAACAACUGGGCCAAUAUAUAGGAAUGGUAAACUAAAUGCUCUUAAUGCUGUCUAAUUGUCUGUUUUCCCAAAAUUUUGCAUUAUAGGACUACUACAUGAAGAGUCUGCGAAGACAGCGGAAGACAGCUUAAACUGAAGAUCUGCUUUAAAAUGAGGUGAAAGAAAGCUGUAGUGGCGUAGAAAAAUAUAAAGUUGAGUUAGAAAUUUUUUUUUUUUAUAAAAUUUAAUUCAGGACUGGUGUUUCCUCCCAGAGUUCAGAAAGAUGUGUUGAUAAUAGCACAUAUGCUACUGAGAAUAUAAGUCCUGUAUCCUUUUUUUCUUUAAGACUUUUUAAGAUAAGAAACCAACAUAACCUGAACACAUGGCUUGCUCAGUGUUUAAUUGCAAGUUUUCAUUCUUGGACUUUAAAACACAAGAAUAAAUGUUUAGUAUUUGUGUGACUCGAACUAAAAUGAAUCCCAUUUUUACAACUAAGCUAUUCCUAGCUUCUUGAUAUACGAGAAAUGGAAAUAAAGUAUCUUUGAAUUUCUGUUACAAAUUUGAUUGUCUCUGUCAUUGAACGUUUAAUAUUAAAUAAGUCUCUUUCCUAAUAAAUCUA